AUGUUGAUACACGGAAUACCAAUGCAGGAUCACCAAGAGAUUCUUCGAGCUCCGACGGGACCCAAAAGCCAACCAACAGGGAAUACAUUGAAGACGUUGCAAAAGAGGACGAAGUAUAGCAGCAUGGCCAACAGCGUUGAGACCGGAGUUGGAAGCGUCAGAAAUGCUGAUACUGGCCCAGGGUCUGUCGAUGAACGUCCUGAGACUGAGCAGACGGCUGGAGAUGAUACAGCCUCGAAGCGGCAGCCUGCAUCCUGGGAGGGAUGGUUCGGCAAUCCUGUUCGCACGGACAUCUCGGAGCUGAGCAAAGCGCUUCAGAGUAUCGGCAAGAAUAUCGAUAGCAUCUGCAUCGAUCAGUCAAGGAUCCUGAAGAAGCUUGACCAGUCCAAGAAAGUUUCUACCGCCCAUACACAAACCAUCAACGGCAACGAAAUCGAGCUUGAAAAGUUGAACACCCGCACCGCAACGAUGAAUGGAGUGCCUAGAGGUAUUGUUAAGGAGGUCAAGGCUUUAGGGCGCGGCCCUCAAGUGAUAAGACACAAGAUUGAUGUUUUCAAGCAAGAGACCGCGUCACUUGCUCACGGAACAACAGAUCUCUCGGACGACACAGCCAAGUCACAUCCACGAGGAUCGAGCAUGCCGAAGGCUCGCAAUGAGCACCAGAAUGAUGACGUGUUCCUUGCGGAAGAAGUCGAGUGCAUUUCUCAAACUCAGUCUUUGACAGGUACGACUUCCCGGGAGGCUGUGGACGAUGUUACGUACUUCACACACAGCCAUGGUCUACAGCAGUACGACGACGUCUUCCAAAAAGCAGCAGCGCUCGUUCAAGGCGAUCGCCAAAGUGCUCAUCUGACGGACGAGGAUGUGGAGGCUUUGAAUCGAGAGACGUCUCACAAAUGGUCGCAACCUCGAGCACUUUACUUCACCAUUUUCGUUUGCGCGCUCGGUGCCAUUGAGCAAGGAUGGGCACAGACUGGCAUGAACGGAGCGAACCUGUACCUACCCAAAGCGCUCGGCCUUGAUCCCGCAAGUAAUCGUGGCACACUUGUGCUUGGACUCAUCAAUUGCGGACUCUUUCUUGGUCAGGCUGUUUUCGGCGCGUGGCUUGCCGGUCCUCUAUGUGAGACUCUCGGCCGUCGUGGCGCUAUAUUUUCGGCCACUGUGCUAUGCCUGGUCGGAAACGUUGGUUCUGCAAGCAGUACUUCCUGGCAAUGGCUUCUCUUCUUCAGGAUAGUACUCGGUACAGGGACUGGACUGAACGGAGUAGUGGUGAAUGUGUUUACAGUAGAGUCUGCUCCUACCUAUGUCCGUGGUGGCCUGGCCGUCACCUGGCAGAUGUUUGUAGCCUUCGGAAUCCUAGAUGGUUUCUUGGCGAAUGUAGCCUUCUAUAACUACGACGACGGGAUCAUCUGGCGGUUGCAGCUGAUUGCGCCUCUUGUGCCAAUUAUACCACUACUGUUAUGCAUAUACGCAUGUCCAGAAUCUGCUGCCUACCAGAUGAAGCAGUCGCGAUAUCUUGCAGCUUUCAGAUCCUUGAGUCGACUGCGCAACACCGAACUUCAAGCGGCAAUUGAGACAUACUCCGGCUACGUCUCGCAUCGCCUCAACAAUAAGCUUGACGAAGGUGGUACGCAGUCAUUUUCUGGCAGUAUCAAAGCUCUGCUGACCAUAGCUCGCAAUCGACAUGCUCUAUACGCAGCGUACUUUGUCCAGGUGUGCCAACAAAUCUGUGGUAUCAACAUCAUCGCCUUUUACUCGAGUACAAUAUUCUCAUCUUCGGGAUUUUCUCCACUGGCAGCGUUGUGGGCAUCGGUCAUAUUUGGUGCCGUCAAUUGGCUAGGAGCGCUACCAGCCGUGUACGCCAUGGACACUUUCGGACGACGUAGCCUGCUUCUCUGGUCUUUGCCACCAAUGGCGUUGACCAUGCUGCUUGCGAGCUUGAGCUUCAAUCUGCCUAAUGGACUCGGACGACUGAUUGCACUUGCCAGUACUGUAUACAUCUUCUGUGCGCUGUACAGCCCUGGAAUGGGACCAGUGCCUUGCGCGUACGGUGCAGAAGUCUUUGGCGUCCAAGUCCGUGACGUUGGCAUGAGCGUCAGCGUCUUCACCGCCAGCAUCUGGGCAACCGCUCUGAGUCUGACGUUUCCUACUCUGCUACAAUAUCUUGGUGAACGAGGAAGCUUUGGACUGUACGCUGGGUUGAAUCUGGUUGCUUGGAUGUUGUGCUUCGUGUUCGUGCGCGAGACCAAAGGUAAAGGCUUGGAGGAUCUGGACGAAGUCUUCGAGGAGGGGGUUGUUGCGUAUGUUGUCCGUGAAUCGAACGGUUGUAUCGGCAUCAGGCGUAAGCUUUGGCGGUCAGAGCACAGCUGGACGGCAGUCCGUACCCACGACGACCUGGACUAA